AUGGUCAACAAGGCAAAAUUAAGACUGCAGCUGGCGAUAGCGAUCGCGAAAGCUGUUGGCUCCGACGUGGAAAUCGAUGGAUGCCUGGAUCGACUGAGAAGUCGCAACCUCUUCAACUCAGCGACCGAGAAGUCCUCUAUGAGCAAGGAGAAUAGCAUUCACUCACCCACGGCAAAAUCUACAAGCACCGGACCAAAUAUUCCUGGGUCACAUUCCGUUUUUGUGGAAAUCGAAACAAAUCAGAAUACCGUCGUCACCGAAUCUCAACCGCAGCUCAAAGUUACGAGUACCAUCGAUCAGUCCGAAAACACCAUUGAAAUCAUUAAACUGAGACACGAGCUUGCCGAGAGAUGGGGUGGCUCGAGAAGUAGCAUUGAAGCGGAAGUCGAAUCGAGUCUUGUUCAGAAACGACCUCAAUCUAUGAUCGAGAUGACUGUGGACCAGGAGAAGAAAAAGCAAAAGAAAGGACCUGGAAAGGCGAAGAAAACGGUACGGUUUGAUGAGCCGCAGAAAGCGCCAUCGACUCUCGGCAUACCUUCCCAAGUUCCAAGUGACAAGAUCUCUUCUUCAGCCGGAAACUCAACCUUCGACACCUUGAGCAGGAUUAUCCGACUCAAUCAGCUUCUCCGUUCUUCAAACUCAGAACCUCCACCUAAAAUUCAGAUAGACUUACUAACCCUAGAAGCUAUCAAGGAAGCCGCUGUGGGUUUGUUGACUACGCUGCAUCAAUCGAUACACGAAACGAGCCGGCAGGUGUUUGAGAAGCGCAGAUUAACAGCUUCGACGAUCCCUCGAGCGACUCAUUUAAUCACUCAGUCGAUCAGCUCGGCACUCAGCCCUCUCUUUCUUCCAGAACAUUUCUCAAUGCUAAGCUCGGGUAAGACUGAAGCAAUUAGGGCCAAGUGGAGCCAAUCGACUUUGCCGUUCAUCUACCAAAACAGGUUAGAAGAGUACUUCCGGGACGACCGCCGCUCGAAAACAGUUAGCUUUGAGGCGGAUAACAUGAUAGUCCUGCGGGAAGAACUGCAAAACACGGCGAACGAUGUAAUCAGACAAUCUUGUGGAUGGACCGGCGAUUUCCAAUUCAGUAUCAUCAAAAACUUGCUCGGUAAGAUGCAGAGCAUCUAUUUCACCUCUGGCCACAAACCUCAAGAUUUGGAAGCGCUUGGCAUCUUGGCCGAAUUGCUGGAGAGCAUCUCCAACAAUCUGUCUCAGUCGACCGUAGCAGAGACCAAUCUGGUCGAGAUCCGAGCAAUAAUUGGCAAGAUUGUCUGCAAUCAACACUACGGAAUAGGCCACAGUCACUCUCCGAUCAUCGACAGAAAGUUUGAUCGUAUUUUGAUGCAGUUUUGGGUGUUGUAA